ACAGACCGAUGCUGACUCCACACGGUAUGUAAAAGUCGUCGUGAGCUUCAAGUUCAACCCCUUUUGCAUUCCACGGCGCGCGCACACAAAGUGGAGAUAUUCGCGCUACUGCUGCUGUCGAUCGGCGGUGUCAUUAGCAUGACACUCGGCAGCGUGUUUCAAGUGUUCUCCGUACCCUUGGAUACGCUGGACGUCGGCGGCUACUGUGAUCGAUUAGCGAGUCAGCUGGAGGCGACGGGUACGUCGAUUAUUGUGCUGCAAGUCGGCCGGCCCAGCCAGGCGUUCGAAAUUGUUGCGGGCGAGAGGGCAAACACGACGCGAACUUCGGCCUGUGAGUUUUUGGACAGUGACAAUGGUACGAGCGAAGAGUAUGCGAGUAUGAAGGAUCACAUUGUGCAGCAAAUACACGACAGUGUGGUUGAGGUGAUAAAGCAUCGCAUUGUGGAGUACAUAACCGUGCUCACCGUGGACGGUGAAUACCUGCUGACCCUUGAGCGAACCGGUGACUUUGAAGAACCGAUUGCACUCGAGCCAAAGUUUGGCGGUGUGAGUGCGAAGGAGAAGCUGCUCCUAUCGCUCGUCGGUGGCGGCAGCGGUGGGCGUAUUAAGAGUUUCGAGCCUGUGAAAAAAAACUGAGCCUUAAUUUUAACCCUCCUGUCAACGUGAUGGCAACGGAAUCACCGCACCGUCCUCUGCCCAGUGCCGGUGACUUUCGGCCUCGGAAAGAUCGGCCACAUCACACCGGGACCGGGGUCUAAUCUUCAUCUAAUCCCGUUCACCGAACCAAACCAAACCGACCAAAGUACACUCCCACCGAAAGACAAACAAAUCCAAUUAUAAUUUAUUACAACAAGCGAUAACAUAUAGCCAUACACUUCCGGCAGGCUUUAAAUCGUCACAUUUGUGCUGAGAAAGGGAAGAGGGCGUUCCUCCCAAUCGCUGGAAAACUUGCGCCGGUAAACUUCGAAUAAAUAUUAGCCCAUGGCGAGAUAGGUGGCGCCUGUCUCGGCUGCCUGUCCAGGUCGAGAUGAAGUGUGAUUCCCCGGCCAAAAGCCACACCAGAUAUUGAACGCCGAAAGUAUUGCUUGCCCAGGGUUUUUAACCUUUAUCAUUCACACGGUAAGCCCGUUCUGCACCACCGAUCCAUCCAUUCCAGCGCUCUCUAAUCAUUCCCAAAAACCCGAGUGUGAAGAAUCACCAACCGAGCUCCAUAUUGUAUACCCACUCAUCCCCCCCCCCAACGCCCAACAGCCGACCGCACAGGUUUCUCUAUGACAAAAGGGUAAGGAAUCACCACAGCUAGCACCGCCACCAAGAACAUCACCAGCCAACCAUCCCACUUCCGGCGGUAAAGUUCUUCAUCAACGAUGGUCGGUGCGCUCCGGAAGCUAACCUGCUGGUGGUGGUGCUCCUUGUGUUUGCUACCUUCUUCGCAUCUUCGAAGUAAAACUUAAUUGAAUGAAAUUAAUAAUAAUAAA